CCCAGGUCUUCCGACGAAUUUUGGCGCGCUUUCCCCUCCCCUGAGGUAACCUGAGGAGGCCGGCGUCUGAGGGGAAAGGAGGCGGUGCUUCUCUUCCGCCCACUCUCGCGGGCGGGUGAUGGCGAAGGCCUUGGCCGCCCGUUUCACCCGGAGCCGCUUUUUCACCGGUUUUGUGUGUGGAGCAGCAGCCGGAGCCGCCGCUUCCGGGCUGGCCGCCCUGAGUCUCCUCAGGAACCACCACCACCCACCUCAGACCCAGCAAAGCCCCGCCGCCGCCGACCUAAAAGAGCGGGAGGAGGAGGAGGAACGAGAGGAACCUGUGCCGGUGUCUUUGUUGGAAAAGUACGGAUUUCCUGCAGCUGGAACGCAGACAAGGUAUUAUACCAACCAUGCACUAUCUUACGAUCAGACGAAACGCAUACCCAAAUGGGUAAUUGAACAUAUUUCCAAACACAAGACCUUGGGCAACGCAGACAGGAAACACUGUAAAUUUAGACCAGAUCCUAACAUCUCUCCAGUGUUCAGCGCCAUGAAUGAAGACUACAUAAGGAGUGGCUGGUCACGAGGUCAUAUGGCGCCAGCGGGGGAUAACAAAUACUCACCAAAGGCCAUGGCAGAGACGUUCUAUCUGUCCAACAUUGUGCCUCAGAACUAUGAAAAUAAUGCUGGAUUUUGGAAUAGAGUAGAAAUGUAUUGCCGAGAACUGACUGAAAGAUUUGAGGAUGUCUGGAUCGUUUCAGGACCCUUGAUAUUAUCUCAUAUGGAGGAGGAUGGGAAGAAAAGAGUUACUUAUCAGGUAAUUGGAAAAGACGAAGUAGCUGUACCUUCGCACUUGUACAAAGUAAUUCUUGCCAGACGGAGUGAAGCAUCUACAGAGCCGUUGGCCCUCGGCGCCUUCGUGGUACCCAACAACCCUAUCGGCUUCGAUCACCAGCUGCUGGAGUUCCAGGUUAGCCUCGAAGCCCUGGAAAGAAUGUCAGGCCUUGUUUUCUUCCCACUGGUGAAUAAAAGCAAAGAUGUUCGAGAUAUUUGUGAAGUUGAUACUUGCAAACUGAUGGACUUGGAGGAGUUCACUUUGUACAUCUCCGCACGGAAGCUGCAGAACGCCAGGACCCUGGAAAAGUUGGAAAAGAUCAUGUCUGACUUGCAGCGAAAAGGAAUCAAACCUGAUGAAUAUUUCCUAAAAGUUUAUGAGAAGAAGAAAGAAGAAUUAGCAACGCAGGAGUCAGAUGAAACCAGAGAAAGGAGAGCUGGCUAAUAAGCUCAUUUCACUAUUUUUCCAGUGACCAGAAUCCUAUUUGUGUCUGGAUAAUUUGACAUGUCUGAUUGAUUAGGCGCUGGGGUGUGUUUUGCCCACAUGCGUGAUCAAGUGGCCAGCAGCAUAUCUGUGUUGCCUCCCAUCACCUCAUUGGUUAGCCGCAGUUAGCCGCCAAAAGGGAUGCAAACCUUACAUGAACACCAGUUAGAUAUAGAGAAUUUUCCAGUUGCCUGCACUUCUGUGAUAAAAAUGCAGCACUUUGCUGUGAGAAAUUUUAAAAGCCACCCACCAUGGGUACAGGUCAAUAGUGGGGCUUCUGGUCAAUUGUUUAUGCUUCCCUCUAAGAGGGGAAACAUAUAAAUAACCCAUGAUUAGAGUAGGAAAAUCCUUCACAGCUAAUCAUAUGCAAAUGUCACAGGAGGAGAAUUUGUCACCUCUGGGAGUUUUCAAAAUAAUUCUUUUCCUUUGGCAAUUGAGUUUUCAAAGUAAUUCUUUUCCUUUGGCAAUUGAUCUUCAGGACUUAAAUACGGGGAUUUUUGUCAGGUCUGGCUGAAAGAUUGUCUGAGCCACAGCUCUCCAACACUAAAAUGCUUUCAGCUCUAAUUACGGACCUACUGGAAUGCCGGCUUGUGCCCUAAAUUGCUCAUCAAAUGUUGUCUAUAACCAGAAUCUCUUUGACGAAUAAAAAAUUGUUUUAAAAAGUUUUUUUUUUCAAGGAAUGUAAGUAAAACUUGUUUUCAUGUAGCAUGACUUUUCUAACAGGAAAUGUUGAUAAAUGAUGUUUGUUUCCUUUAUAUAGACUGUAGAUACACUCAAUUAGAUUAAGGAAAAUGGUAAAUAGAUGACUUCUAAAAAACGUAAUAUUGUUUGUAAAAGAAAGUAACCUUUCCCUUCAAAAAAUGUUUCUACAGUUAUCUUUAUUACAGUUAUCUGGUUAUUCCAGAAAACUCCUAGUCUUCCAAAAAUUUGUUUUCUCUUUUGUGAAUAUAAUGCCAGGUAGAUUAUGUUCUUAUAUAAGCUGACAUGUUCCCUGUAUGUUUCUGAUGCUCUAUCAGGAUAAUCUUGCCAUCAAAAGGUUGGCUGCUAGGUGGCAAUUUGACCAUAGCAACUGUGAACACACGAAUGGUAUAAAAUAGUUGCAGUCUGUUUCAGAGGAGGUAACCUUUCAUCGGAGCGAACGUAUUUUAUAUUUGUCUUAAGUAUGUAUGUAUUAUCCAAUGAACGUGAUGCUUAUUAAACUUUAAUACAAUCCACGUCCCAUUCGUUUUACCACAAUAGCUUCCCUAAAGAGCCAGUGCUAUUUGUUAACAUUAGAUAAAGGUA